ACUCUUUGUCCAUGUCAAGAUGCAAAGACUUCAACUGAGAAUAACCUUUAUACUACUAGUCCUUCUACUCACAGUAACACUCAUCCCCACAGCCACCGCAGCGUCCUGGGACCUACAGUUCCGCAAACGCCUCCCCCGUCCCCUCGGCGAGAGACCUCAUCUCGAUACCCUCAACCUAAAGCAGUGGCUCGUCAACCAACUACCCCUACAAGCAGGCGCAGCAGCACCAGCAAUAAUGGGCAGUAGCAGUAACCCCUCAACCAACGCCGUGCUCCCGCCCGAGGACGAUAACAACAACAGCAACAGCCCCAAACACGCCGGAGGAAACACCGAUGAGAACGGAAUCAUCCUCUCCGACGUCCUCCCCAAGGCCCGCGGCGUGAACGUCUUCGCCUCGCUGACACGGCAGUUCGAGUCCGUCGAGGCGCGGCUCGACGACGCAGCCCACAACGUUACCGUGCUGGCGCCGCGCAACAGCGCCAUCCAGGAGCUGCCGCGCAAGCCGUGGGAGAACCCGGAUGACAUCGCGCGGUUCGGCGAGCAGCAGGCGUACGAGGGGCAGGAGGGCCAGGAUCGCGCCACCAGGAAUCUCGAGCGGUUUGUCAAGGCGCAUGUUGUGGCGACGAGCCCCUGGAAGGAAGGGGAGGAGGCCGAGACGUUGGCGGGCGAUAAGUUGACGUGGGCCAGGGUUGGGGAUAAGAUUCGGGUAGGUCUUCUUAACUGUCUCCCUUGUUGGGGGUGGGCUAAUUUCGGUGUGGGAUAGAUUCAACCGGGUGAUGUGGAGGUUGAUA